AUGGAGAAAGCCGAGCGGGUGUAUUCCGCAUGUAUCCCAUGCAGGCAAAAGAAACGCAAGUGCGAUGGCCAAAGUCCCCAAUGUUCUCCAUGCAAAUUGCGCGGAGCCGACUGCAGCUGGACGCUACGUCAGAAACCAUUUAGUAUUGUACGGCGUGAUGGCACUUACAUUCAAUCCCUUGAGGCUCAAGUUCGGCAUCUCUCAACUAUUAUUAAAGGGAUGCAUACUGGUUCAUCGCUAGAACAGACACAUGCAAUAAUUAAGGGUUCCCCAGACCUUUUACUACCCGGAUUUCUACCAAACAGCCGGUCUUGUGUAAAAAGGUCCGAACUUGCGUUGGAGAACUUCUCCUCCCUCAACUGGAGAUGGUCGGCUUUGCCAGGCGAGAAGUUAAUCUUUUCGGGCCCUGGCAAGUUCACUACUCCAGAGCCUUCAGUAAUCGAAAUGUUUGCAACUAACUCAAGAACCUCUUUCCAAAUGCCUAGGGAUAGAGCUCUUACCCUGGUACAGAUGUUCAGUCAGCAGGUGGAGCUGAAGAACCGGAUGAUGGACUUUUUCCUCAAUUCCAUCAACAUAUACCACUUGUUCGUCGACCCAUCAUGGGUUUUAUUUUAUCCCUCAUUCCCCGAGAAUGAUCAAGAACUGCAGUUUCUAUAUAGUGCGAUAUUUUCUGUCUCAGCCCACUGCUUAAAUAUCUCAGCGGAUUUAGAAAGUGCGUUGCUAGCCUACGCUGAGAUGCGGGCUCAGUCGUGCUUUAGCCUGAGACCAUCUGUAUAUGUUAUUAAGGCGACGUCUAUUCUUGCUUGGUUCAAGCAAACCUUGUUUCAUCGAUCAGAUGGCUUUGCAUAUCAAUAUAUGGCUUUGGGGCUUUCUACGCAUCUUUACUUGGAAAGUCUAUUUAACCCCGGCUCUGAGACAGAAAGUAGGAUGAGUCGCCAAGACAAAAUCAAGACUUUCUGGUCCUUAUUACUGGCCGAACGAACAUCAACACCAGGUCUCGGAAUCCCACGAGCUAUCAUAUGGGACGCCGAAAACAUACCUCUCCCCGAUAACGGUUUUCUCAGCUCCAAUGACCAUUCAGCACUGUAUUUUAGAUGCAACUGUCAGUUGCUACGUUUGAACCAGACUUAUAUCGACGCCAUCUAUAUGCCAGGCUUUGAAAAGCUACAUAUCGCCCAGCGAGAGGCACAGAUAUUUCAAGCCUUAGGCGCCAUGAAUGCAUUUAGACACGAAAUUAAGCACCUGGAAACCACUAAAUUCAGUACACCAUCACUGCCGCAAUCCGCGUUCUGGAUAGCAUACUGUGCAGCUAUAAUCAAUCUGUUUCGGCCAUUUCUUGAUGGUUCCUCGGCAUACAAGUUCAAUGAUGGCACCACUCCACUUGAACGUGUAACUACCGCUGCCGAUGAAGUGGCCGAGAUCUUGAGGAGGUUAAUUAGCGAUGGGGUGACUAGAGAUUUGCCACCUUCUGCUCUGCAUCACAUUCUUCGAGCCGCGCUUGUGCAAUGUUUAAAUAUGACAGCGCAGGAUAGAAAGGUCGUUGAUUAUGCCCAAAGGAAUUUGAAAGUCCUUUUCACAGUCCUCUCUGAGAUGAGGGUGAUAUGGGAACGCCCUGCAGAAUUAUAUCUAAGCUUUCUAAGAUAUAUUAUCCAGAUCUGGGGAUUGCAAGAGACUUAA